UGCACGAGCAGUGUCCUCCAAGCAGUGGUAUAGAUUAGUUAGUAUUCACAUUAAUUGUGAGUUGUCCGGUACAAUACGCUUUGAAUUUUAUUGUAAGAUGGGUGAAGAAUAUAAUCCAGUUAGAAACAUUUGUUCGCAGACAAAGCGCUUCCGGACAGCAACUGUAAAAGCAAAAAUUCUGAACACUGAACGACUCAGUAACAUUGGGUUGGACAUGUCUGAAUUACGUUGCAAGGAUUUGGCAAAUUUUCAGUGCUGCAUAGGAUCACGGCCCCUGAAUUCGAGUAAAUAUUUUAGUGAUUCCCGGAAUAAUCAGUCGGGAUGUUCUCAAUUAAAAAAUCAAGACGGCUGUUAUGGUUCCAUGUUUUUGAGCAACAAUAUCAGUACCAAUAAUAGCACAAAUCCUCAACUUUCAGAAGGUUUUGAAGAUCGCUCUACUCGCAAUCAUGUCGGUCGUUUUUCAAAUGUUGUGAGUCUGACGACGAGCAAUCAUAAAGCUUCUCGUGUUCGAGAAAUUACGAGAGAAAUUAGUCAACAUUUUCUUGCAAACGACUCAUCUAAAAAAUUUGCAUCACGCUUCCCAAACUUCCAGACGAAAAUUACACAAAUAAGCAACAUCGACACCGAUAUAGAAGAAAAAUCAGAACGAUCAAGUGAUGGUACCACAAAUUCUCACCGGAUCAACAAGUCUACUUGGAAAUUAAAUAAAGAUUUCAAUGACACUCCAUCAGAUUCUCAAUCGAAUUUAAAUGGUUGGCUAUACUUUGUAGAAUGUUCUACUGACAUCCCUAUGACAAAAUUUGCAAAGAAAAAAGAAAUUGCUCCACGUGAACUUUUUCAAAAGUGCGAAAUUUGUGGGAACUCAUUUGGGACGGCUGGCUUCAAGAUACACCAACCUCGUUGUUCUCAAACAAAAAUAACAGAUGCUAGCCAGCAGAUGGAUAUCCCGAAAAACACUCGUUUUCGCGGACAGGCCCAAUAUCAAAUGAAGGAACUUUCCACUGCAAUAAAUACAAAUUCUAACUGCAAAAAGCAAGAAAAGGAUAAGAUAUCAGAAUCGCAAACGAAAUUCAAACCAAUCGUUUGUGACAUUUGCAACCGUCAAUUUGGAUCACACUCCAUUUCAAUUCAUCGGCCUCAGUGCCUAAAAAAAAUCAACCAGAAGAUUCCACCAACUGGUCAAUUUAAAAAUUAAGCAAAUAUUAAGCAACACGUGAUUAAUAGAAAUUCAAAGAAAAAGAAAUUCAAAACAUCGUAUCUUAAUUGUGUAAAUUUCUUUUAUAACCAAGAUGGAAAUGUUGCCGCUGCUACAAUCUUCCCUACUAACACAGCGAUGUACCAUGGAUAUGACUGCAGCGUACUCCCAAGGAUAAGGGAGAUACAAACAGCAUAUCCAUGGAAUGCUUCAUGUUGAUCCUUA